GAAUCUCGAUGGUGUACACACAUAAAGCUACAGACAUAAGCUACUUUUUCGUAGCAGGUUAGGAGAACUUCCGUAUCAUGUUUGGAUAAUUCGCGUAGCCGGUUGGGAUAAUUAGGUUAGCGAAAAUSCUCUUCUAACCUGCUUCAAAAUGUCCCUUCCGGUCGUAGCGAUAGACAAAAGUGGGUAAUGUCUAGAAGGGAUCCAGCUUUUGUCAAAUUUACGUCAAAYUUAUUUUUUGUUGUUGUUGCAUUUUACCUAAUCUUAACCUGCCACAAGUAUUAUCAUAACCUGCUGCGUAUGUUCUCCUAGGUGAAUGAACGUAGCAGGUUAGGGAAAGGGUUAGCUAAAAUUCUAUCAUAACCUGCUACAAAAAGUAACUUCCGUCCGUAGCUGCAUUCUAUCUAGUCACAACUGUGAACUCCGCUUUCGUUGCUGUACGAUGGUGAAACGAGCACACCUGAGUAACGUGUACAUUUUUGUUUCCCAAUCACACGAAUGAGGAGGAGACUAAUUCGGAUGACACAUGAACAUGUAACAACAAACGAAAAAAACAACCUUUUGGACCAUGCUASCAAAGAUACUGUUCUGUGACGCUAAUACAUGCUAAUACUAGCUAGCAUGAUGAGACCAAAGAGAACCUGUUGUGUCGGUGUAUGUCGUGCUUGCGGGGAAAACAUUUCCAAUAGAAUAUACGUGCACAGUCUCUUCAGUCAGUUCGACGGUCAAUGUUUGAAACCAUUUGACUACACCACAGCAUUGGAGGACCUCACUGGACCAAUUUCUCAGGACGAUGCUUUACCACAGAUCAUUUGCGAAACGUGUCGUAAACUUCUCAAAAGRUACUACAAAAGCUUUUGCGAUGUGGAGAAAAUUGGCAGUAUAUUUCGAGAAAGUGCUCAGAAGCAGAGGGAGAGUCACUCUCUCGCAUGGCGAACUCGGGACCCCCAACAGGGUGAGAUUAGUAUCACCCCCUUUCCCCAAGAGAGAAYGACAGACGCGUGUAAAGUUACCCCGCGAGAUUUGACCGUAACGUUAGUAGUUGUGCCAAAGAGCGAGAACACGGACGAAGACGCCACACCAGAUCCCAACAACGAUAACAUCAAACCUGAGCCUGCAGAAAUCUCAGUAUACCUGGAAGAUGAUAUGGAGCCGGAUCGACAGUCUGGCGAUGAUGAUGAUGAUGCUUCUUCGAAGCUAAGCCAGGUGAGUGUGCCAACUAAAUACAUCCUUACUGGACCCAUGGAGAAACUUGUGGAUAACAUUUUGAAUGGACAAUUCUUCAGCGCAGCAAAGGCAAUCAUGGAUAUUCCUGAUUUGGCUUCCCUUGUCACUAAAGAGGUUUUGAAUCAAGUCGUCAAAGAAUGCAAAGAGCUCACUAGCGUUCCAUUCAACUCCAUACUUAGACAGACCAGUUCAUCCUCUCUGGAAGCCUUCAGRUGGGACACUGUUUUUACUGAAUGGAAGACAACCGCACCCACGUUCCUUGGGUUUCUGGAGUCCGCAAGCACAYCUACAUGGGUUUCUGCCAUGACCAAAGAACGUACACAGAGAAAGAACUUCGCCAUAGGCAUGGCUGGAGCCACUCUUCUCAAGGUACGUUGCGGCAGGAUGAGUGCACCCAUGUAUCGGAACUCGCUUAUCAUGCACCAGGCUCAGAAGAAAAAGUGCUUCAAUAGGUUUGCCAGACUUGGUGUCUGUGUUACUAAGCAAAGCAUGCUUCAUCUGUUGAGAAGAGUCAGGGCAUCUGAAGAAGUAACCAGGACUCCCUCUGCAGGUGAAGACCACAACUACGACUCAGUAGCGCCAAGAAGAUCCACAGAAAAUACUGACAGACAGGAGGACCCAGAGCCCACAGCGACUGAGAAGCAGCAGGAACCAAGGACCAGUCUGGGGGAAGAGCAGCUUCCAGACUCUGGAACGACAGAGUCCACAACACCCACAGUCACAUGCACUCCUCUCUUUAGGAGCAAAAACCAUGGUCAGGGCCCAUCCAAAUGCCAGGCCAAGCCCAAACCUCUGCCCAAACCCCAGCCUCAGCCCCAACAUCAGGCCCAGCCUCAGCCCCAACAUCAGGCCCAGCCUCAGCCCAACAUCAGUCCCAGCCUCAUCCCCAGCCUCAGGCCCAGCCUCAGCCCCAACAUCAAGCCCAGCCCAAACCCCAGCUAA